UGUGUCUCGCAAGGGAACUAAGUUCUGCAAGCCACCGUUGAAGUCACCUCACUGCCAGUGGUGCUGCACAGCGUCAACCACGACCUCACCACAAACCCUGCCACUCCAAACCAGCGCCCAAAUCCAGCCUCGAGGCAGAGCAGGGAACGCGAAAUGGGGUUGCCAAUGAGGCCUCUCACAUAUGCCAUCGCGGUGGUUUUCACUGUAGUAGCCGGCCACCCAUCAGAGCCAUCGAGGCCAAACCUCGAUCACCAGCACCGCUUGCCGGGAACACAAGGACAAAAGGGCUUCGGCCCGCUAAGAUUCCGCGCAGAUGGCACAUUCCACGUCUCCAUCUUUGAAGACCUCCACUUUGGCGAGAACGCUUGGGAUGCAUGGGGUCCACAACAAGACGUUCAAUCCGUCAAGGUAAUCAACACCGUUCUGGAUUCCGAGCCGGACAUCGACCUCGUAGUGCUCAACGGGGACCUUAUCACUGGCGACAACACCUUUCUCGAAAACAGCACCGACUAUGUCGACCAGAUCGUCCGCCCCUUUGCAGACCGCGGGCUGACAUGGGCAUCCACCUAUGGCAACCACGACAACCACUUCAAUAUCUCCGGCGCGCACAUCCUCGAGCGCGAGAGACGCUGGCCCAACUCCCGCACCACGCAGAUGGUCUCCAUCCCAGACGCGCACACGGGCGUAUCCAACUACUACCUGCCCGUCUACCCCGCCGACUGCGACCCAGACUCCCUCUCCCCACCCUGCCCCCCCAAGCUCCUCCUCUGGUUCUUCGACAGCCGCGGCGGCUUCCACUACCAACAGCGGGACCCCGCCACCGGCGCCCUAGUCCCCCUCCCCAACUGGGUCGACGCGCGCGUAGUCGACUGGUUCACCCGGACCAACACCGACCUCGUCAGCAGCACCACCCCACCAGGAACCCCCACCCCCAUCCCCGCGCUGGCCUUCGUGCACAUCCCCCCCGACGCCUCGCGCACCCUGCAGGCGCGUGGCAUCCACCCGCACCGGGAGCCGGGCAUCGACGACGACCGGCCGCUGGCGCGCCAGGCGCAGGGCUGGUGCGCCGAUGGUUCGCUGCCGCCACCGUCACCGUCAUCGGACGAGGAGGAGGAGGGGGAUUGUGAGUAUGGCGGGCAGGACGCGCCCUUCCUGGAUGCGCUGGCGUCCACGCCGGGUAUGAUGGCGCUGUUUUCGGGGCAUGAUCAUGGCGAGACGUGGUGUGCGCGCUGGGAGGGGUUGACGGGAGAGGGGGGUGAGGGUGAGGGUGUGGGUGAGGGAGAGGUGCGGGGUGGAUCGGAGGGGGAUGGGUUGAACUUGUGCUUUGGGCAGCGCUCUGGGUAUGGCGGGUAUGGGAGGUGGAUCCGCGGGGCGAGGCAGGUGGUCGUGUCGCUGGAGGGGCUGGCGGAGCGGGUCGUUGAGACGUAUAUCCGUCUGGAGUCGGGGGAGACGGUUGGCGCCGUCACGCUUAACGCGACGUAUGGCCAGGAUUGGUAUCCGGCAACUCCGAAUGACAAGACCAGGCUGCCAACGGGUGAUGAUUAGGGUGGGCACUAAUUACCAGGUAGGUAGGGUUGUUUUUCGUGUUCGACGAGAUGUUGUGUUUCGAAGAAGUAUAUUAAGCGCAUAUCCAGGGAGUAAACUUUCUCGCCUUUGAUGUGUCUGUCAUGAGAAUCCAGUUAAAGGUGUCCUUGAUAUAACAGUCCCCUUGAAUCUCCGUGGCUAAAACACACCGGGGUUUGGGGAGCAAAAUAGACAGAGCAAAAGGUGCUACAGGUGUAGGGAAAUGCCGUGACGAGUGCUAAUCACAUGUAAAUAAUUGUCGGG